AUGAUGAAGUCAAAAAACAUUUGCAGGAUAGUUAUCUAUCUACUUUCGGCUCUCCUGAAGGGCCCUGAACUACACGACUGUCGGAACUUCCACUAUUGGCGGCACAGUCGGCACCUCCAUCGCCACCGGAGGCUCUGCAUGGAUGAUUUUGAAAAUGAGAAAUCUAGGAUAAUUGCUGGAAAAUUCAUCUUCAUAUAUCCGGUGCAAUGCAAAGAAGAAAUAGAAGAGAAAGAUAAGAUAUUGAGCAGUUGUUGAAGAUGGUGUGAUAUGGAUACAAAUCUAAUAACCACAAAAGAGAGCACACCUAGACCACUACUGAAGAAUCAGUAGGGCAAAUCAAGAAAGUGGCUAAUGGUGGUUACGGAGAGAGGAUAGAAUAAAAGAGGAAGGAGUAUUUCAUUUCUGCAUCAUGAUGUUAUUUGCUAUGUUUGUAUUGGCUUCUGAGUAUUAUGCUCUGUGAGAGAGGGACCAUCCAUGGAC